AUGAAGGUGCCGCCGCCGACCUCAUUUUGGCGGCACUUGCCGCGGCCGUUCUUCUGCGUCGCGCCUAUGGCCAAUGUCACCGACGUUUCCUUCCGAGCUACGAUCACAGAGUUUGCCAAGCCACAUGUCAUGUGGACAGAGUUUGUCAGUUGCGAAGCGCUCUGCUCGUCGUCUCAAGCGUCCCGGAACCGCAUGCUCACAGCGCUUCAAUAUGCUCCCGAAGAGCGUCCGAUCGUCGCCCAACUCUUUGGCUCCAAGCCGCACCAAUUCCGAGAGUCGGCGAUGCUGCUUCGAGACUUGGGGUUUGACGGCAUCGACAUCAACAUGGGCUGUCCCGAGAAAAACGUCAACAAGCAAGGCAGUGGCGCAGCGCUCAUUCUCGACCCGCCCAAUGCCAUGGCCAUUGUCCGUGCAUGCCAAGAGGCCGGCCUGCCCGUGUCGGUGAAAACCCGCAUCGGCUUCCACUACAUCGACUACCACGACUGGAUCAAUCGCAUUCUAGACACCGAGCCAGAGGCACUGACCAUCCAUGGCCGCACCCGCGACGAAAUGUCUGCAGUCCCAGCGCAUUGGGAUGUCAUUGGGGACAUUGUGCACCUGGUCAAGGACAAGCGGCAGUCGACCUGCGUCGUCAUCGGCAAUGGCGACGUAGAAUCGAUCCAACAUGCUCAAAGCAAGGUCGACGAGUAUGGAGUCGACGGUGUCAUGAUUGGUCGAGCGCUGUUUGGCAACCCGCGGAUGUUUCAAGGUACGAACUGGGUGGUGACUGAGACGGAUGGUGUACAUUGUCGUGGGGGGGGUUGUGUAGGACAUGACAAUGCGUCGAUGAGUGUCGAACAAAAGUGCCAUGGGCUGCUACGUCAUGUGUAUCACUUUGAACAAUUGCUGGCGUCAACAACGAGUUUUCAUUAUGUCAAAAAGAUGUUUGGCAGCUACUUGGUGGGCAUCCCAAAUGCCAAAGUCCUCCGGGAAGCACUGGCCGCGACAUCGUCCCCAGCACAAGUGUAUCCCCUGGUAGAGGAAUUUGUAGCCAAGAGCGUCAGGCAAUAGGCAAGAGCGUCAGGCAACAUGUCACGUGUUCCAAGUGAAGGAAGUGCGGCCAUAACGAAGACUGUACAAAACGAUGAAAGGAUUAACAUAUCAGCUGCAACACGAGUUAUCUUUGC